AUGGGCACCGAUUGGCUGGAAUCCCGGAAGAAGAGGCCCUUUGGCCCCAGAUUAAACUUUAGCGCAGAAGAAGCUGUUCAGCAUCAGCUGGAUGCCCUCAAGUACAACGAUCAACCCCGCCCCGAUUAUGGCAUCGAGGUCAUGUACAGGUUUGCUGGGUUUGAUCCUUUUGAGAGGUCCACCUAUUUCGGCCCAUUCUUUGAUUUGGGGCAGUUUGAACGAUUUAGGCGAAUUUUUCACCAUUCAACAUAUAGAGUGUUGUUAUGUCAUAAAGAGAGGAAGAUAUUAAGCAGUUUAGUUGUGGAGGAGAACCUAUUCAAGCAGCGGGUUUGGAUAAGAGGAUGUCGGCCAGAGGAAGAAGAAAUAUUUCAAUUCACAAUGGUUCAGAGGGUUGGAGGGUCAUGGGAUGGUUAUUGGCUGACAGAGAGUGUACUUCACGACGGAGAUGCUUUUGUCGGUGGUUUGGCUUAUUGAACAUUCAAGGCAGCUAUCGAUCGACGAUCACUCUAACAGAGACAUUUGCUCACGCACUGCCAACCUUCCAAUUUGUACAUAUGGAAAAAUAAGCAAAGUUGUUGUAAUGUCUAAUAUGAUGUAGUUCGUAUAUCAAGUAUUGUAAAGUCCGGAAGCAGGCAGAGGGUUGGAGGGUCAUGGGAUGGUUAUUGGCUGACAGAGAGUGUACUUCACGACGGAGAUGCUUUUGCCGGUGGUUUGGCUUAUUGAACAUUCAAGGCAGCUAUCGAUCGACGAUCACUCUAACAGAGACAUUUGCUCACGCACUGCCAACCUUCCAAUUUGUACAUAUGGAAAAAUAAGCAGAGUUGUUGUAAUGUCUAAUAUGAUGUAGUUCGUAUAUCAAGUAUUGUAAAGUCCGGAAGCAGCAUGUAUCUUUCCUCCUCAUACGUCUGGUCUGCCCCAACUCUUGAGAAAUAGUUGAAGGAAUAAUGGAACUUCAGAUGAUUCAUAGUAAUACAUUGUAACCGAAGAGAUUUUACGUUAUUCAUUCAGUUUCCGUUUCUUCCA